AUGGGCAAGGAUCCUAACUCAUCGCAUAGAGUUGCUAUCAAAUGUUGUUGUGAUUUAACAAAUCAAGCGCAACAUAUUGAGGCAAUUAUUGAAAAACAAACUUCCAUACAAAUUGCUAGAAAUCAUUUGCGAUUGAAGACCUCGAUAGAUGUGAUUAAAUGGUUAACAUUCCAAGCCUGCGCUUUCAGAGGUCGUGAUGAACGCCACGAAUCUAACAACCGAGGGAAUGUUAUUGAGUUGAUAAAGCUCUUGGCUUCUUAUAAUGAGGAUGUGGCAGCAGUGGUUUUGGAAAAUGCUCCUCAAAAUGCUUCCUAUCAUUCCCAUGGGAUUCAAAAGCAGAUUCUUAGUAUUUUCUCUGAUAAGAUACAAAGAUUCAUUCGUGAGGAGAUUAAUGAUGGGAAGUUUUGCAUUCUAGUUGAUGAAUCUGAAGAUGAAUCGAAAAGAGAGCAAAUGGCAAUUGUUUUGAGAUUUAUUGAUAAAUAUGGUUUUAUAAAAGAACGUUUCUUUGACAUAGUUCAUGUGUUAGAUACCACGUCGGCAACUUUGAAAGAAGAAAUUUGUAUUGUCCUUUCUCGUCAUAACCUUAGUGUGCAAAAUAUUCGUGGUCAAGGAUAUGAUGGUGCCAGUAACAUGUCUGGAGAAUGGACUGGGUUGCAGGCUUUAUUUUGUGCUGAGUGUCCAUUCGCAUAUUAUGUUCAUUGCUUUGCUCAUCGGCUCCAAUUGGCUUUAGUAAGAGCAUCUAAACUGGUUAUAUCUAUCAAUCAAUUUUUCUCUUACUUGACUCGAGCAAUUAAUAUAGUCGGCUCAUCUUGCAAAAGACAUGAUCAAUUAAGAGCUGCUCAGGCUACAAAUAUUGCUGAAAAGCUUGCCAUUGAUGAUGAAUUCGAGACUGGUAAAGGAAAAAAUCAAAUUGAAACAUUGAAACGGGCUGGAGAUACUCGAUGGGGUUCUUAUUUUAGUUCCAUUUGUAGUUUGAUAAACAUGUUUAGUGCUACUUGUGCAGUCCUAAGAAACAUAAUUAAUGAUAGAAGCAAAUUGAAUCAACGAGUUGAGGCACAUGGAGUUUAUGAUUCCAUUACAUCUUUUGAGUUUGUCUUCAUCUUACAUCUUAUGAGGGAUAUCAUGGAGAUUACUGAUGAUUUUUGUCAAGCUUUGCAAAGUAAAUCUCAAGAUAUCUUAAAUGCAAUGCAUUUGGUGUCUACAACGAAGAUACUUACUCAAAAAUUUAGAGAAGGUGGAUGGGUUCCAUUGUUGGAGAAAAUUAAAUUAUUUUCUAAUGAUCAUGUUGAUUCUCAGUUACAAGAAUUAAACAAUAUGUUUAAGGAAGAUGUAAUGGAAUUGCCUGUUCUUAGCUCAACUUUGGAUCCUAGGGAUGGUUAUAGAUCAUUCAAAAUUGAGGAUAUUUGUAAACUUGCAAAUAAAUUUUAUCCCAUGGAUUUCUCCGAGCAAGAAAAAUUGCAUUUGAAAUAUCAGUUGGAAAACUAUAAGCUUGAUAUUUCCAUACUUCCCGAGUUUCAGAAGCUGUCAACCAUUUCUGAGUUGUGUCAAAUGUUGGCAAAAACGAAAAAGUCGACAAGUUAUCCUCUUAUUGAUAGAUUGAUCCGCCUUGUGUUGACUUUACCUGUUUCAACUGCUACAUCAAAACGUGCAUUUUCAGUUAUGAAACUUAUUAAGUCUAAAUUGCGCAAUAGGAUAGAAGAUGGUUUUCUGGCUAGUUACUUGAUUACGUACAUUGAAAAAGACAUUGCUCGAGGGUUUGAUGUAGAUUCUAUCAUCCAUGCUUUUGGUAUUACGAAAGAGCGUCAAGUUCAAUUGAAGAUGCCUAAUUUUAGUAAAUAA